AUGUCAAAUCUAUUCGCAUUUUUAACAAUUCUACUUUUGGGGUCUCUUGUGGAGUCUAAAGAUGCGCCACCGGGAAGCCUUCCUUUUGUAGCCUCCAUUCAAAUUGAUGGUAAACAUGUCUGCAGUGGAACUAUCUUUCCUAACAAUUGGGUUAUAACUGCCGCCGAAUACGUAUAUGAUAAAUCCUCAGAAAGUUUAACUAUCGUGGUUGGUACUGUCGAUUUGGAAAAACCUGGAAGUAACUAUUCUGUGGCAGAGAUAGUAGUCCACCCAAAGUAUGAUUAUCGAGAUCUUGCUUACGAUCUGGCUCUACUGAGGGUGGGUGAGAGAAUGGAAUAUAGUGACAAGGUGUACCCAAUAUUUCCAGCACACAUGAAAACGGAGGAAAAGGCAAACUUAUUGGCGGCAGGUUGGAGGCUUAAUAAAGAUGAAGACCCAUCCAGUAAGCUGCAAGUUAAAAACGUAACUGCUAUAACCAAUGAAGAAUGUAAGGCAAAACUAAGAAUUCCAAUCUCAGACUCAGUUGUGUGUACGUCAGAUAAUGACGGCGAUAAGCCUAACAACUACAUCGGUGAUACUGGCGGUCCACUUGUAGAGGGUGAUGUUUUAGCUGGAGUGAUUAUAAUUAUGUUUAAACCUCAGACAAGACCAGGGCUCAGUGCACGUGUUUUUGAUGCUAAUGAAUGGAUUAAUAAAACCUUAAGAAGCUAG